GGGCUUUUUAUUUGGACUGUUAAUCUAAAUCCAUUGUACCUGGUUGGAAAACACCCUGUGUGCAGUGCUCCCUGCACUCGCUGCAUCCUCACUUGAAUGUCUAUUAGCACCUUGCUUCCCACUCCUUUGAGUUCCCUCUGCCAGGUAGAAUAAAUAUACAUAACUUCCAUUUGAAAGCCUUUGAAAAAAAAAAAUGUUGUCAAGGGAAACUCUUCUAGCAUUUCUUAUAGACAUGUUUGAUCUGUUUUAUAUUUUAUUUUUACUGUCAUAAAUGCAUAUAUCAGGGAUUUUUUUCUCCACAAGAUAGAUAUUAAUUUGAACGCCCAACACCCAGCUCACACUGGGCUUGUGUAAUUCUGACGGUUGUCUCAAAAUAGCUUACAAUAUAUUUCAACAUUUAUCAGAAAGAGACUGGCUUUAUCUGUUCCUCUUUUCCAAUAAUUCAUGGAAAUUUUGGGUCAACUAAAGAAAAAUUUUGCAAAUUCACUUUACCCCAGACAGACACAUUUGUAUUCUCUGUCCGUCAUGCUUUUAAAUAAAAAUCACCCAAGCUUCCCAAAGUAAGCUUCUGUUUCCCAGCUGAUUCCCUGCAAAUGUGAAUGGGGUGCACGCUUUGAUGGUCCAGCAGGGGAGAUCACACUGGGUCCCGGUUCAAAGCCCAGUUUUGUUUAAAGCUGAGCUUAGCUGUUCGUGAAACAAAUAGGCAAGAGAAUUAUGAAACUAUUAAUUGCUGCUUCAGAUUCCUAGAUGAAAGCUGUAUGUGGGCAGAAAUUAUUUGGUCUAUUCAUAAGCGAACAUCAGAAAGGAACAUCCCUGGCAGUUCGUGACCCUUCUCCUCACUUUGCUUCCAGUGCAGGAGGGAUGGAGGGAUAUCCCUGGGGUACAAAGCCUGCAGGGUCCUGACCCUCACCUUUUAAUUUUGAGCUGGGAGAGAGGUAGGAGCCGUCUCCCUUCUGGCUGUCGGGGUUGGCACGUCUCACCCAGAGCCACAGCCGUGCACUGGGGAUGGUCUGGCUGAGCUGGAGCAAUGCUUCAGGCUUGUCCUGCCAUCCUGGGCUGUCCUGUGCCCCAGCCCAGCCCCCAAACCACCUUGCCUUUAUUUUGGUGGCAUUUGGCCUGACCUUUCAGAGAGGCUAUUCCAUAGGGAGGGUGCAGAGAGUCUGAGGCUGGUUUUGGAUAAGCUGGAUCACACAGAUGCACCUCCAGGGCCCCCCAUCUGUGUGUGUGCUUAUAGCCUGAAUGCAUGAGCAUCCUUCUGGAAGGAACCUGGAUUAGUCAUCCCUACCCCACAGAUGGGCUGUGUGAUGUCUUCUCUGGAAAAGCUAAUCUGACACUGAAAUUCCAAUUUAUCCCUGAAAGAAGUGUUUACACUCCUUCUCCUUCUUCCCUCCCCUUUGAAAGGCAAGACAAUGAGUCCGUUAAGCUCUGAGGUUUAUCACGAGCUGGUUGCCUCCUCCAGAGUGGUGUAAUGGAAUGGUUGUGGUGCAAAGCUGUGUCUUUAAGGAGCCCUGGCCUGGAGAUGCAGUGGAGUUCGCAGAUGCUUUUGCCGGGCUGUUUCUGGCAUUUCCUGCACCCACAGCCCUGCACAGCUUAAAAACACUCCAGGGUUUAACCAUAGCUCCAUUACCUGCCCCUCUGCAGCUCUGCUCUGACCUACAGAUUUAGAUGUGUCCGUGUCCCCAGGUCCCUCCCAGUCUGACAAACCUUUCACAUCGAGUUUCUCAGACUGGGAAGCAGGCAGAGCCCUGGUGUUCACCCCGUAAAUCCUCUGAGAUGGCUGGGGAGGGAGAACUCACAGGAUUCCCCUGGGUGGAGGGGCUCACCUCCUGUCACUGACCUGGCCUUGGUCCCUGGUGGCUGCUGUGGGACCAGGCUGGUCUGUGUGGGGUCUGCUGGCUCCUCAGCAUCACUGCGGGGGCUGAGCCUUUUUUCCCUUGCCUCCUGCUGCCUGUCUGUGCCCUCUGUCCCUACAGCUCCUAAAAGCUUGGAAAAUUCCGUGGGUGACAUAAGACAGGAAAAAAUGUAAUUCCUCAGGCAAGAGAGCAAAGCAGUGUCCCUCAAACCCCACCACUCUGUGCCAGGAGCAGGGGAUCCCAUGAGCACAGGGCUGCUCCAUGUGUCCCCUGCUUGUUUUGAUGAAUAAGGUGGAACUCCUGCUCUGCUGAUCAUGGUCAACAAGACCUUAAACUACUGGGGUCCCAGUUUUGAGGAGGAUGUUAUCAACAUCAACGUGGGGGGUCUGAGGAGGCGGCUCAGCUCCAGCGCCCUCUCCAAGUUCCCCGACACGCGCCUGGGCCGGCUGCUGUCCUGCGACUCGGAGGAGUCCAUCCUGCAGCUCUGCGAUGACUACGACGUGAGCGCCAGGGAGUUCUACUUCGACCGAAACCCCGGGUUCUUCCUCUACGUCCUCCACUUCUACCAGACGGGGAAGCUGCACGUCAUGGAGGAGCUGUGCGUCUUCUCCUUUUGCCAGGAGAUCGAGUACUGGGGCAUCAACGAGUUCUUCCUGGACUCCUGCUGCAGCUACCGCUACCACGAGCGCAAGCUGGAGAGCCGGCACCACAACUGGGACGAGGAGAGCGAGGUGAGCAGCGUGGACACGUCCCCUGAUGAGAUCUCUGACAUCAACCACGACCUGCUGCGCUACAGCACCCUGCGCUGCGGCAACGUGCGCAAGCGCCUCUGGCUCACCAUGGAGAACCCCGGCUACUCCAUCCCCAGCAAGCUCUUCAGCUUCGUGUCCAUCAGCGUGGUGCUGGUGUCCAUAGCCACCAUGUGCAUCCACAGCAUGCCUGAGUACCAGGAUGUGGAUGAGAAUGGCAACGUGCUCGAUGAGCCCAUCCUGCACAAGCUGGAGUAUUUCUGCAUCUCCUGGUUCACCUUCGAAGUGUCCGCCCGCCUCCUGCUCUCACCCAACCCCAGGAAGUUCUUCAAGCACCCUCUGAACCUGAUUGACAUUGUCUCAGUGCUGCCCUUCUACUUCACCCUCCUGGUGGACGUGACCAUGGGCAGUGACUCGGAGCUGGGCAACCUGGGCAAGGUGGUGCAGGUGUUCCGGCUCAUGAGGAUAUUCCGGGUGCUGAAGCUGGCUCGGCACUCCACUGGACUGAGGUCACUGGGGGCCACCUUGAAGCACAGCUACAGGGAGGUGGGGAUCCUGCUGCUCUACCUGGCUGUGGGGGUCUCUGUCUUCUCUGGAGUGGCCUACACUGCUGAGAAGGAGGAAGACGUCGGCUUCGACACCAUCCCAGCGUGCUGGUGGUGGGGCACGGUCAGCAUGACCACCGUGGGCUACGGGGACGUGGUGCCUGUCACCGUGGCAGGGAAGCUGGCGGCCUCGGGCUGCAUCCUGGGGGGCAUCCUGGUCGUGGCACUGCCCAUCACCAUCAUCUUCAACAAGUUCUCCCACUUCUACCGCAAGCAGAAGGCGCUGGAGGCGGCCGUGAGGAACAGCGGCAAGAAGGACCCUGAGGAGGUGGGGAGCGUCUCCAGCCACGAGCGGGACUCGGAGGCUCUGAGCGAGACCUCCCUGGGCAGGAGCAGCCCCGACCGCCGUGGCCUGACCCCCGGUGCCCACCCCAGCCCCUGAGCCCUGGCACCGCCCUGGGGCACGUGGGACCUGCCUGCUCACGGUGAGCACGGCGCUGGGAUGCCAUGGCUGGCAUCACCCCUGCCCUGAGAAGGACAGGAGGCGUUGGAGGAGAUGCCCGGUGGGUGCUGGCUGCUUCCAGACCCUGUGCCUGCCUGGAUGUGUCUCAGCCUUCACCUUGCUCACCCAUGGCUGCAAAGGGAGGUUGUGGUGCUGGAUAUACCCCUGCCAGAAAGGGAGGCAGAAAAUAAGAAAUACAAGUGACCCCUGAUCAGGCACUGCCCCAGAUGUAUGGAGAGGGACUUUCCUCUGGCUAAGGUUUUGUGUUGUCCAGGGUGAGGUUAAAUAGCUCAAGGAUGAGGCAGCCCUCAAGCAGGCUGGCAGCCCUUACAGAUCCUGUGCUAUGUCGACAGCUCCUGUCCCAGCCUUGUCCUACCCCCAGCUGGAAAAAGCCUCAAAAGGCUCAACUGCCCCUGCAGCCACAAAGGAAAGGGGCCUGGGAAUGAGUCUGUAUGGGAGGAGAGGUAGUGUCCAGCUCAGGGUGAGCCCAUGGUCCCCAGCCCCUGCAGUGGGAUCGACUGAACCUUACCUUUCCCUUGCAGCCAGGAUUUAUCUGCUGUCCUGCACUGCCACUGCCAGGACACCCCUGGGGCUGUGCUGGGAGUGUGGCACAGCUGGGAGCACUGCCCACACGUGGGGGAGGGACACUAGCCAGGGAUGACCAGGCAGAAGGGAUACUGUCCUCUGGGGCAGCAGCAAAGGGGUCAAGCUGGGGGACCCGGGGAGCCAAUCCCAGUGGGGCUGUCCCCCAAACCUUGUUCUCCCUCAGCACAGCCCCUAGCCUGGCUUAAUCCUGCCUCUUCCCUCCCUGUCUCAGGGCCAGGCAGGGGCCGGAGGGCUGUAAGGAGGAGGUCACACUGCCCUGGGUGUCCCCACAGGGAGCAGCUUCCCUCUGCAGGGAGAGAGCUGGGGCAGAGGGCACCUUGCACCACUUUUGUCACUGCAGCCUCUGAGCACCUCCCAGCAGGGCAGGGAGCUCAGCCUGGAACACCAAACCCCUUCCUGCCUGGACCCCAGCCCACCUGAGCACUUUGGGGGCUGCUCCCAGCACAGCAUUAAUUCCCUACAGAGCUUUGCCUUGCCCUCCCACCCCCUGUUCUCCGUUUGGAAAUUGUGCAGCUCCGUUGCACACAAAGGAGCACACCCAGCCAUGCCUGUUUCAAGCAGGAGAAACGUGCAUUCCACAAUCCCAAACCAGCUCAAACACACGUUGAAGGCUGCACGAUGACCCCAGGUGCCUGGAUCGUGUGUUUGCUGCUGGCUGUCCUGGCUGGGUUUCAGCACAGCUGUAGUGCCAGUGCCAGCUCUGCCCACAGCAAUCUGCUGGUCAUGGGCGAGGAAAGCCAAACCAACACUGGUGCAGGUCCAGCCUUUCCAAACCCAGUGGGACUCAGGGAGGGUCCCCAAGGAACGAUGGUGGUGUGGGAUGGGGGAUGCUCAUGCUUCUGGCAUCAUCAAGUCUUCCAGUACUGAUGGUUCAUGGUCUGCUCUGCGCUUAUUCUGCUGGGAGCUGGGACUGGAGAGCAGCACCCUCUGCUCCAGCCAGCUCCUGCUGCACUGUUACUUGAAUACAGGAAGGAGUUUCCCCUUCUCAACAUAAAUAUUCCAGUAGCAAAAUGUAUUCAAAUGUGAAGAGCAAAUUACAUCUAUUAAUGAAAAAGCAUUAUGCAAAUAAUUAGGAGCAUGUAAAUUAAUUUUCUAUCUAUGCAUGGGAUGCAUACUGUAUAUUUUAUUAAAGACAUCAAUGAUCUGC